GGAGGGGGUUAAGUUCAACACAUUUUGGGAAUUGCAUUUUGAGUUGCUGAAAGUUUAUAUCAAAAACAAUGGAUAACAAAUCGGUGGACAUGGAUUUAUUGAUGGCAAUAUAGCAUUCCAAAGAUAUGAAACCGUUAUUGGAAUUGUCGAAGAAAUCAAGUCGGGAGUUUAAAAAUACAAUUGAAUCUGGUUAGGGAAGCUGAGUUAGCAUAUUUAGGUUAAACGUUUCAGGAGGAAAAAAAGUGAAGAAUAGCAGGGGAGCGAUGUUACUGAGUUGGUCGCCACAACAUUUUUUAAUGUAAAAAAUGUAGGCUACGUUUAUUACAUGUAGGCUAUCAUGGAAGCAAUGUUUUUAUUGCCAGUUGCCGAUGUUACUGUGGUAGAACUUUGUUCUAUCAGAGGUUUUGUGAAGGGAUGUCAGUUAUAGCGCUCGUUGCGUUUUUGUGACUGUACGCCACUCAGAGGACUACAGGCUAGUCUGGCUACUUUGUUAGGCUACUUCUCCCUUUGAUUUUACAGAUGUGGUUGGAUGCGCUGAACUAAUCUCGGGAUCAACAAUGUGGCCAACUUCAAAGAGAAUGUACAGUAACAACUGCCGUCCAGUACCGGAGUAAUUUCCAGACGCUUGGAUUGGAUUAUAUUCUCUUCUCUUAUAGGAUGUUCUGACUUUAAUAGUAAGUAGUAGCCUAGGAUGUAGACAGAAGCCAUUCUUGAAGUGUAAAAAGUUGCUCUAUUGGUACAUUAACGGAAACACGUUAAUACCACUUUGAUGGCUUUUAACGUCGUCCAAGGAGAAGUUUAUCGAAGUUCUAGUCAUACAGCACACCGUGAAAGUCUGCUCUCUGAAGAAGACAGUUUGGUGGGAAUUCUGUCCCUCACAGCCGGUAGUCCGGGAAGGGACAACGUCACAAAUCAAGUGAUUUCCUCGGGGACGCAAAGCUCGCCAAACCGUUGAGAGUCUGAUAGGCCUACUUGAGAAUUUAUCUCACAACCGGGAAUAUAACAAUAACCCAUUUUCCCAUUGUACUGAGAUUAGCACAUCCUGUCUCGUAUGCCUGUGUGACUGUGACCAGGUAUGCAGCUGAACCGACCUAAAAGCGCUCUAAUCAGCUACUCUCCACCAAUGCCCCCCGAGACACAAAAUUCCUUCUCGAGCCAGUUCAAAACAAUGCGAUUCUCCUACCACAUCAGCAGCGGCUUGCCAAGCCCUCAACCGCCCCUGCGCAGGAUAGGCCCCUCCUCCUCCAGUCCCAGGCUGCUGACUAAGAGUCUGUCCUUGGAGCCAGACCCGUGCUUGGCUCCCCAGGACCAGGACGCCUCCCACGAUGGCCCCCAGCGCCUCAGCUCGGACCCGGGACCCCUGGAUCCUGGACACUGCAACGGCUCCAGCAGCAGUGGAGCACCAGAGCUCCCUGCCAUGGCACCCAAGGCCCGGCCCCCCUUACCUGGGCCCAAACCACAAGUGCCCCCGAAGCCCCCUCACCUCCAGCAGCAGGGAGCCCAGCCCCGCCCUCGACCCCGUGCCCCGGACAAGCCCCUCCCCCCUCCUCCGCCCUCCAGGCCCCUCCCCGCCGACCCCCGCGCUCCACGGGGCCCGCUGCCACGCGCAGAGGGAAGCUCCUCCCCCACCUGCGUGCUGUCACUCAUCGAGAAGUUUGAGAGGGAGCAGAUCAUUGUGGUGCCAGACAUCACUGGGGGGAUGUGCACUCCCAGAGUCCCAGACUCCCAGGGGGCAGGAGGAGGAGGGGCAAGUGCUCCACUCACACCCCCUUCAUGCUCCUCCCCUGAGCCCCCUUCAGCCGAGCCCCCCUCCCAGAACCCCCUGGGUCUCGCUCAGGAGGAGGAGCAGGGUUUGCAGGGAGGGGUGGUGGGGGAGACAGGGGAGGAUAACCGUGAUGAUAUUGACGAUGAUGAUGAAGAUGAAGAGUUGGCGGCGUCCUGCUCGGAGAAGCGCCUGUCGAUGGAGUCGGGCUACAGCGCCUCCGAGAAGCACUUGGACACCAUGGAGAUGAGGGAGCCCGCCGAGUCCUGCAGCCAAUCAGAUAUCCCCUCCGAACACUUGUCCCUCCCCGCCCCGCAGUCUGACGGCAAGCUGGCCAAUCGAGACAGUGGGAUCGACAGCAUCAGCUCCCCCUCCCACAGCGAGGAGCUGUGUUUCGCCGGAGACGAGGACCGGGUCAUCUACCCCUGUAGCCCCGCCCUGACCCUGCCCCGGCUCUCCUCGUCCUCCUCCUGUGGCUAUGCCGAGGGCCUGGGAGGGGAGGGGGCGCUGGCCGUGGGGGGCAGGGACUCGGAGGGGGAUAGCGACCUGGAGGAGGGAAGCGGGGAUGAGACAGAGCUCAACACCCUGGCCCUCGUGCCCCCCCCAGCCAACAGACAAGACUCUGUCGAGCUGUCGGUCCAGCAGAGGGUGUUCAACAUAGCCAAUGAGCUCCUGCAGACGGAGCGGGCCUACGUGUCCAAGCUGCACCUCCUGGACCAGGUGUUCUGUGGGCGUCUCCUGGAGGAGGCCCGCGCCCGCGCCUCCUUCCCCUGCGACGUGGUCACCGGCAUCUUCUCCAACAUCUGCUCCAUCUACUGCUUCCACCAGCAGUUCCUGCUGCCAGCCUUGCAGAAACGCAUGGAGGAGUGGGACUUGAACCCGCGGAUCGGAGACAUCCUCCAGAAGCUGGCUCCCUUCCUGAAGAUGUACGGGGAGUACGUGAAGAACUUUGACCGCGCCAUGGAGCUGGUGAACACCUGGAUGGAGAGAUCCUCCCAAUUCAAGGUCAUCGUCCAUGAGAUCCAGAGAGAGGAGCGCUGUGGGAAUCUGACCCUGCAGCACCACAUGCUGGAGCCGGUGCAGAGGAUUCCUCGCUACGAGCUCCUUCUGAAGGACUACCUGCACAGACUCCCUGAGGACGCAGACGACUUCAAAGACGCUCAGAAAUCCCUAGAAUUGAUCGCCACGGCAGCAGAGCAUUCCAAUGCCGCCAUCAGGAAGAUGGAGCGUAUGAGGAAGCUGCUGAAGGUGUAUGAGCUGCUAGGCGGGGAGGAGGACAUUGUCAACCCCACCAAUGAGCUCAUCAAGGAGGGUCACAUCCUCAAGCUGUCGGCCAAGAACGGCACCUCACAGGACAGAUAUCUCAUCCUGUUCAAUGAUAGGCUGCUCUACUGUGUUCCUAAACUGAGGCUGAUUGGUCAGAAGUUUGGUGUCAGAGCCCGUAUUGAUGUGGAUGGAAUGGAGUUGAAGGAGACCAGCAGUCUCAAUGUCCCACGGACAUUUUUGGUAUCUGGGAAACAGCGCUCGCUAGAACUGCAGGCCAGAACUGAGGAAGAGAAGAAAGACUGGAUCCAGGCCAUUCAGACCACUAUUCAGAGACAUGAGCAGACCCUGGAGACCUUCAGACAUCUCAACUGCUCCCUCCGCGAUGAGGACUGCACCCCGCCCAACUCACCUAACUGCAUGGAGCUUGGGCAGCGGGCUCCAACUCCCAUCAGAGAGAAGGAGGUGACUCUUUGUAUGAAGUGUCAGGAACCCUUCAACUCUAUCACUAAGAGACGCCACCACUGCAAAGCCUGUGGACACGUGGUGUGUGGGAAGUGCUCCGAGUUCCGCGCCCGCCUGUCGUACGACAACAACCGUGCCAACCGUGUGUGUGUGGACUGCUACACCACGCUGGUAGGCGUUCCACCCUCCCCCGCCUGUCUGAGCAGCAGCACCCACAGACGACGCUCAAUCCUGGAGAAGCAGGCCUCGCUGGCCGCAGAGAACAGUGUGCUGUGCAGCUUCCUGCACCACAUGGAGAAGGGCUCCGGGCGGAGCUGGCAGAAGGCGUGGUUCGUCAUCCCAGAGAACGAACCGCUGGUCCUCUAUAUCUACGGAGCUCCACAGGAUGUCAAAGCUCAGCGCAGCGUUCCUCUUAUCGGGUUUGAGGUCUCCCUCCCCGAGUCAUGUGACCGCCUGGAGCGCCGCAACGCCUUCAAGAUCAGCCAGAGUCACCUGACCCUGUACUUCAGCGCCGACGGGGAAGAGCUUCAGCGCCGCUGGAUGGAGGUCCUAUCACGGGCUGGCAGAGGGGAGGAGCUACAGAUUCACGGUUCAAUCACAGAAGCACUUGAGGAGGAAGGGGAGGAGCUGUUGGCUUCAGGGGAAAAUACGUGAUUAGUGGGAGAGGAAGAGCAGUGUUAUAUAAUGUGUAAACUCUACACAUACAGACUAUAUACAUAAGAGCAGCACAUAGUACACACAGCACAGUUUGAUACAUUCUCCCAAAACAAUUACAAACACACAGACCCACAGUAACACUAAAAUAGAUACACAAGCUCUUACACAGACAUUCUAACACAACUCUCUCCGUAUUUAAUGUCAGUGGUCAGUUGCAUGAAAUAUUACAGAUACGUUUCUCAAUGUAUUACUCAUCUUGUGAGUGACCAGUGUUUGCCAAACCUGCCAAAAGUGUGCACUCCCUUACAAAAGAAGAAAUAUUAAUAACAACCUUAUGAAGAUAUGCGUCACACUGAACCGCAUCAGUUACCUACCGUCGGACAUUUCAAAGUGAAUUGUGGGUCUAGACACUCUCAGUAACUUCCAUUUCUCUUUCUCUCUCUCUCUCUCUCUGUGAUGUUUUUAAACAAGUGGUUGGUUUCUUUUAGUGGUGAGUGUUUGUUUACUUGUUCCCAUUGAGGAAGGUGAUAUUAUCUCUUCAUAUGGAGAAUGAUGGUACAAGCUGAGCGCAUCCUCCUGCUCAGUAAGCUGGAGGUAGGACAUGGACACGGCUGUGGUAAGAUGUUGGACUAAAAGCUACCUAUUAGCAGACUGACUGAACUCUGAGAGAUUCCAGCAGAGCUAGUGAAGACAAGAUGGCCUCUCACUUUGUCAUUCUCUUACCCCUGUGGUAGGAAGUGUGAGAGUCUCCAGGCUCCUCCUGGCCUGGAUAGAUGGAAUCCGGAACCUUGAAUGGAACCAAAACAUUUUCAGUUUGUUUGGACCGCGGUUAGCGGUUUCAACCUAGCAAACUGUUUCGCAUGAAAGAAGGACAUUGAGCAAGGGGUUGAUACCACAUGGAUGCUCUAAGACUGUCAAGAAGGCUGAAUGAGAUACAUUUUAAAUGCAGUUUGAACUGUCAAAAGAGACCCUUCUAAACCUACCCCACCUUUUUAUUUGCAUAUAUGCACUAGAAUUACUGUUCAGAAUUUCCCCACAAAAUUAUCUGCAAAUAACACACAUUCAGUCUUGAAUAGAUGGAUUUAGGAGCCUCUCUGAAGUCUGAGGAAUUAUUUAGUGCCUGUCAUGAUCUACAGUCCCAAACAUAAUCCCUCUGAAACAGACAAUUUUUUCCGGCAACCACUCCGCCCCCCAGUGGGACCGAGGAGUAUUACAGCCACAUCCUCUGGAGGAGCAGAGCAAUGAUUACAUCUAAUUUAGUUUUUUAGAAGACUUGGGUGAAUUCAGAGUGCUGGGAUGAAGAGAGUGAGUGGGGGUCCUAAAAAUAUUUUUUUCUUACUAAUACAUUGGUAAAACAGGGGAUGUUUUUAAGCUCUUUUCCACCUAAUGGUGCUGGAUAAGUAUGUGAAGUAGAGAUGUAUGUGUUAAUAUGUGAGCUUUAAGUGAGAGAGCUUGUGGUUGGAGUAUUGAAUUGAAAUGCUUUGAAAGAUAAUUGACAUGAAAAGGAUGUGAGUAAUAACAACAUGUUUUUAUCAUUUUAACGUGGGUGAUAUCUCUGCCUUUUUGAGAGUGUUUUGAUAGUUAAUACAGAGGAUAUUAUAUAUAUGAAACACAGCGAAAAGUUAAAUAUUUGAUGUUUUGAAUCUGGGGCUCGUGUUUGUGUCGGCUCAAUGCAAGAGGGUCACAAAGAAAGGUAAACAUUUGUAUGUAAAUAUAAUUUAUUCUCUGACGAGGCUCAGUCUUGUGGGUAUAUUGGCUAGGUGUUUUCUAUCGUGCAGUUUGAAUCAGACUUCAGUUGAAAUGUGGGUGGCCUCCUGUUGGGUACUAAAACCCUCCAGGUCUUUGUGUCACCCCUUUGCUGUGCUCCUGUGUCUGAAAACAAUGGUGUUUGGUCAAUGGAAGACAAUGGACACCCUAUCUAAUUUCUAUCUCACCCCUAAAUGAUUGCUAUUACAUAUGUGGUGAAUUCAAAAAGAAUACAAAUUGUUGUGUUGGUUAAUGAAUAUGGCUUUGUUAUCAUUUUCUGUUGUCAGAGACAUAGCUUGAGACCAGUUCUAAUCUGUGGGAGAGGUCUUAAUCGUGUCAUUAGUGGUCCAGUGAGCAUUUGUCCUCCAUUCAGCCAGCUCCUCUCAUCAAUGUGCCAACAACACUUAUGAAAGCCCCCUGUAUGGUAAUGAAUCUGCAAAUUAGUACAUGAGUUUACAUUAUAUAUAUUUAGCUUUGGUCCAAUAGGAUGACUGUUGGGUCAUGGUCACUUCAAGGCACAAAUGAAACAACUGUUCCCUCACACACAGACCAAAAAAAAACUCUAAACAACAACAGUAUAAUUCCAGAUGCUGGGAGAUCAGGCUAAGGUAUCUUGUUGUAAAGCCCUCUCGUCCCGUCAUUCCAUGGUAUACUCUAAAACAUGCCUUACACUAGACCUAGUCUGUUUGUAUGAUAUCUAUGUUACCUCUGCUUUUGCCAAAGUAUACUAGGGUACACUACCGUGUGAUUGAGAUGCUCAGUCAUCCUGUAUGUUUUAAUCUGUGUCUGCUCUUGGCCUUUUCUGUGGUUGUUUGUAUUUCUUUAGCUUUUUCUACUCCAUAGUAUUGUUUGCUUUAUUUAUGUUACCUAAGCUCUUUUUACAAAAUCAAAACAAGCUAAUUUGGUUUAGUGUGUAAUAUUCAUAAAUACAUGCAUAAAUUUGACCGGCGAAUCCAUUGUAUCAUACUUUUGGAGUAUCCAGUGGUACCACACAGUCUCAGUUCAUUUCUCCUUGAUGCAUGAGUUUGGAUCUAUUUUCAGAAUGUAUCCCUAGUGUCUCGUUGACUGUUAAUUUUCAAAUCCAGCUUUUCCAGUACCCGUGUCCCCCAGGGCUAUACAAUUAUAAAAGCUACUUUUAUAAUCAUACCUUUAUAAGAACUGCAGGUAUUGUAGUGAGGAAAGAAGUCUAGCCGGGUCACUCAGCUUUAAAGGCUGACUGUGAACGUGCCUGUGACUUCAAGGGGUUUCUGUGUCUAGUAUCUGUCUGUGUGAAGAUAGGAAUCAGGUGUUUUGAAGUUUAUCAUCUCUCCUACCCACAACACACACAAACACGCAAACACCAACCCUCCUAAUUUCUCACAUACGCCUGACUACAGGAAGAUGCAAACCGAUUUAAACAUCCUGUGGCUGAACUUCACACUUACUGUACCAGAGCGUUAUAGCAUGCAGGGAUCUUAUACUACACACCAACUCAGAGGUCCAGACCACCAGGAAGACAUACUUUUACUAGGGGUUGUCACAGACACAUUUACAUUUAGUCAUUUAGCAGACGCUCUUAUCCAGAGCGACUUACAGUAAGUACAGGGACAUUCCCCCGAGGCAAGUAGGGUGAAGUGCCUUGCCCAAGAACACAACGUCAGUUGGCAUGACCGGGAAUCGAACUGGCAACCUUCGGAUUACUAGCCCGAUUCCCUCACCGCUCAGCCAUCUGACUCCCGUACAUCAUGUUAACUUGUUCAAGAUACUGUAAAAAGAGCCUUUUGACACACUUUUACAGAAUUGUGUCUAGAACCACUUCCUCUCCAUGCAGAACUAUACAGAAAGCCCGAACUAUUCAGUGUCUAUGGAAUACAUAUAGCCACAAUACAAUGUGACAGAUGACCAUUACCAAUAUAAAAAGUUAACUUUUAUUGUGUAUAUAUAUAUGAUGACAAUAUGAACACCAAUGAGAGUCACUGAGACCAAGUCAAACAGAGCAGCCUGUCUGGACAUAAAGCUUUGAAGUAUUAUUAUUGUUAAGUCUCGCUAAGCCAAACUUUCAUUGCCGUGACACAAUUCUUUCUUUUUUCGUGAAUACAAAAACUGUAUAGGUUUAAACUGUAAACAUGAAUGAGUAUAACUGUUCUUCUCUGAUUGUUAUGAUUAUUGUUAUUACUAUUGAUUAUAUUAGUGGCAGGCCACUGGGUACCAUUGUAUGUCUAUAUCCCCAUGACAUUUGUGCAAGAUAAUGAAAAUGUUAAUGAGGUUAAAAAGUGAAAUAAAAGGAUGACUACGUAGCA